GAACGGAAUUCGUUCUCGAUCAAAAGCAAUCUGGGAAGUUGUCAGGAAAGAAUGUUCCCGGAUAUACCGUGAGUCUUACACCGUUUAGAUUCAUUUCAUAGCCCCGGGUGGUGCUGGUGGAGCGCACAGCAGGGAGGCGCAUUGUUUGUAUGCAAACUGGACGGCAUGGCCAUUGUAUGCGAUUGGGCAUAUAUGGAGCCGCUGCAGGCUCGGAGGACACCGCCCGUCUAAAGUCUCAAGGAGAGUUGUUCUCGGCUCUUUUCUUGCUUUCAUGUGACUUUCUCUAUCUUUCGAAAGUGAUUGGCUUCCUCGCUAUGAGUUGCCUGGAUGUGAUGUACCACCAAAGCUAUGGAGCGCACUACCUCCCCGCAGCUGCGUACAAGGCGACAUACUAUAACCACCAUCAGCAGCAACAACAGAGAAAGUUAAGUGCUUACAACAAGAUGCAGGAGUGUACAGAGCAGCAGGAGCCACCUCAGGGAGGAAUGAGAGGGAUGUUGCAGAACAAUCGGGGUGUUCAGCAGAGUCCUGCAGCAGCAACUGUUGAAUCAAGUCCUAGAUCCUCUGCUGAAUCAGAGUUAAAGGACAGUACUCAACCAGCUGAGGCAGAAUACUUGAGCUCGCGGUGUGUGUUGUUCACCUACUUUCAAGGCGACAUUGGGGACGUUGUGGACGAACAUUUCUCCCGUGCUCUCAGUCAACCCAGUUCCUUUAGUGUUGAGAGCAAGCCCAUUAGAGUGACUCAGGUCACUUGCACAGCCACUAACAACCUAUGGAAAGAUGGUGGUUCCCAUCCUGAUGGUCAGGGCACUUCAUCUUGGAGCAGUCCUUUCCCACCUCAAGUCAGUUCCUGUCUGGCAUCGGUUUCCUCCUCAGUCCACCCAGAGUUCUCCUCCAGCCCUGUUUCCUUCAGUCAUCCAGAUGGAGCGCUGUGGGCCAGCCAUGUGCUUUCCCAAGCCAGCAUCCCAUCUCCAGCUUCACUCUCUGACAGCUGGACCUACAGUCUGAGUCCCCAGGCCACAAGUGGCUAUCCUAAUGUUCAUGAUGUCUACCACUCGCACCCACGGUCCCACCCCCACAUCCACACCAGGCACCAUCACUCCAUGCUUCAUUCGUACUCACCCCACAGCCCAGCUUUGGAUCCCAGAUUCAAUGCAUUGCUGCUGCCGGGCGUUAGGAGCCAAAGUCAAGCUGCCACCAGCCCUGGUAGCUCCCCACACAGUGACGGGGGCAAAGCGGAGCUAGAUCUCGGUAGCAACAGCCCUAUCUCUGCAGCCUCUGUCUCCUGGACCCCUCCGGCCCUGCAUGGAUCACUGGAGACUUACGACUCAGCUAUUGAUCAGACCAAGAUGAAGACAUCCAUUUGGUUCUAGUGGAUGAGCUUAAGACGGACUAUCUGCUCACACCA